UCUGGGGCUCCAGGCGGUCGCCAUUUUGGAGCGCGGUGUGUACGGUAAUGUCGACGCAUCAGCGGGCUUCGGACAACGAUGCCUGGGCCCUUCUGGCCCUCAAAUCGGCCCCGUCGAGCCCGUCUCGGCUCCAGUGGAACCCGGAACAGAAAGGGGCGGCCAUCGCGCGGCUGGAAGGUCGCGAGUUCGAGUACAUGAUCCGCCAGAAGCGCAUCUCCAUCGGUCGCAACAGCAGCCGCGGCGAGGUGGAUGUAAAUAUGGGCCACUCGAGCUUCAUCUCGCGCCAGCACCUCGAGAUCUUCUACGAGUGCGCGCACUUCUUCAUGGUUUGCAACGGCAAGAACGGCGUCUUCGUCGACGGCGUCUUCCAGCGCAAGGGAGCCGCGCCGCUGCCCCUGCCCAAGACAUGCGUGUUCCGCUUCCCGAGCACCAACAUCAAGAUCAUGUUCCAGUCGCUGGUGGACGAGGUGGGGCCGGCGAGUGGCGGUGGUGGCGCUCCGCCCCCUCCACGCCUGGAGGCGGGGCCCCUGGCCGCCUCUCCGCGGCAGCCGCCUCCCCCUCAGCUGGCUCCGCACCACCUGCCGCGGCCCCUCGCCCCGCUCAAGAUCAACAUCCCCGAGCCCGAGUCGAGCUUCACCAGCCCCAUCCCGUCGCCCACAGGCACGCUUAGUGCGGCCAAUUCCUGUCCAGCGAGUCCCCGGUCGGGGAGCCAUCGUCGUAAUGUCACCUCUGACCUGCAAAUGGCCGCGGCAGCCGUGGAGAGGCACGAAGAGGUCCCCACCACGGGCUCCAGCGCAAGUGGACCAGCAUCUCAUAAUAACAGCAACUCUAUGCCUGGGAGUGGGCCGGACGGGGACCAGAAGCCGCCCUACUCGUAUGCCCAGCUGAUUGUGCAGGCCAUCUCGUCGGCACAAGACAAGCAGCUGACGCUAAGCGGCAUUUACUCGUACAUCACCAAGAACUACCCCUACUACCGGACUGCCGACAAAGGGUGGCAGAACUCAAUCCGGCACAACCUGAGCCUAAACCGGUACUUCGUCAAGGUUCCCCGGUCGCAAGAAGAGCCGGGAAAGGGUUCCUUCUGGCGCAUUGACCCCCAGUCGGAAGGCAAGCUGGUCGAGCAGGCCUUCCGCAGGCGGCGGCAACGAGGGCUGCCCUGUUUCCGGACGCCCUUUGUUUCCUCCAGGUCGGCGCCGGCGUCGCCAAGCCACGGUGCACACAGCGGUCUGGCGACGCCGGACUCACUGUCGCGGGAGCCCAGCCCCGUGCCGGACAGCAUGGCCACCGAGGGGGCUCCGAGCUCCCCACUGCAGCCGCCGGCCACCAUGAUGGCCAUUCCCCCCGGCCUGGCGCCCCCGCAGGCCUCGUACCUGGCGCGCGAGAUAAAGGCCAGCCAGUCUGCCCCAGGCUCACCAGGUGGCGCCCACCAGUUGGGUGGAUCGCCGCUCUUGCCCGCGUUCACCAACAGCAAACCCAAGGUGCUGGUGGCCCACCAACCCUCGGUUGUCUCGAACGGCGUCCUCAAAAGCAACGGCAUGCGCAGCGACUCGCCGCGGCUCGACCAAGAGCGUAGUUAUCCAAGAGGUCCACCCGAGCUCUUCUACCAGCCGAAGCCGCUGGGGCUGUCCACCGCGGAGCAGACUCCAUCAUCUUCCGCCUCCUCCUCGCCGCCCCCUCUCCACCCGACGAGUGUCAUCGUGCAGGCGCCAUCAUCCACCUUCGCCCAGCCACCCACGCCGGACUCCUCGUCAUCGCCACCGGCAGCAGCACCUCUUCCGACGCACCCGCGCAAGCGCCACUACGAGAUGGCCACCUCCUCUUCAUCCGCAACGCCGGCCACAUCAACACCCUCUUCCACCUCCUCCGCCGGCAGCGCCGCGGGUCGGGAUCGGGAAAGCAACUCCCCUGCCCGGCCUCCGCCAUCGAAAGUCCACCGGAGUGGUUCGGACGAGGCGGCGGCUUCGUCGUCGGCGUCUCCGCCCGUCUCCACCACGUCGUCGUCUCCAACGACUGUCACGGCGUCCGCCACAGACUCUGCCUCCUCCUCUUUAUGUUAAUGGUGGCAUCACUCGUUGACUUUUUGUUUUUUUUAUGAUGUGUUACCACCAAACCCCUUCUUGUUCUGCCUCCCCCUUUCCCCAUGCUGGCAAUCCUGGAUGCCGCUGUUGCUAAUCCCCGUUUUAUCUUUCCUGCCGUGCUCGUUAUUUGUUGUUGCCACCAAACUGUAGCUCCCCUAAAAAAAAAACUUUCUUAGAGCCACGUUUUCCUUCCCACUCUCUUGUUUCUGUCCCCGCGGGCCUGAACAUUGAGCGCGUUUUGUGCUGAAUGACUCUGUAGCGGGGACGGUGCGUUUGCCACUUUCCUUCCACAUAGGUGUCAUUUCUUUUAUUUUUCUUCUGUUAAAGCAGUCUUCUUGCGGUUCUUUCUUUUACUAGAUCACACCUUUUCUUUAACAUGUUGCAUACUUCUCAUCCAACAUCCUAUUACUGUUACAAUUAUUCUUCAAUGUUUCUUUCCUGUGAAAGAUAAGGGACGAAGCUGUCGCGCUAGUGGUGCCCUCGCUGUGCCAUUGUGUGUACAUAUGCAGAAUUCCCCUUUCUUUCCUUUCUUUUUCCCUCUUUCCCAUUCGGUUGCAUCGUUGCUUGCCACUUCUCUCUGUCAUCAACCUGUCACGCACUCACCCGCACUUCAAGCUGUCAUCCACGGACACUUCAUUGCUUUUUGUUCUGCAUCCACUUCUGCGUCGGUGCACUUGGCAGCAGACGCGCGCGCCAGGCCCACGUUUCCUCGAGAAGCAGACGGCCUUCUACAGACCGCUGAUGCGGGCAGGGGAGGUGGGUGGCGCUUGAGGUCAUCGCUCCUGGCGGGCGUCUGCAUCGCUCAUAGUCUUUCUUUUCUCUCUCUGUUCGUUCCGUUGCACGCUUCGCGGAAGCAGCCUUGCUUGUCCUCCUCCCACCCAUCGUGCUUGUGUUGUUCUCAGUACAGAUGAUGACGAGCACUUCUCUUACUGGUGAGCGUGGCCGACAUUAUUAGCCUUUGUGCUGCCACACUUGUGCCUGGUGUGCGCUCGGCAUUGCUUCGUUUCCUGUGGCAAUUUGAGACAACAGGCUGUCGGCAGAACCUGGUUUUCUCUUUCGUCAGCUGCGAUGUGCCGGUAAUGGCUCGGCAGAAAGCUAGCUCGCUGCCCCCGAACCAGGAGGCUGCCUACCCCUAGUGUUUGGGGCACACGCACAGCUGUGCGAAUUGUACAAACUCGCGGCUUCCCUGGCGAUGACUACUUCGCGGGAACCGUGGCUCUUUCCUUUUUUUAUUUUAGGCUAAUGUAUUUUUGAUGGGGGCGAGUAGAGUUGGCGCAGGACGAUAGAUGUAGCAUGUGGGCACGUCCGGUGCGGUGGCGUUGCGGUGCAGUGAAAGGCAAUGUCUAGGCACCGCAGAGUGCAGUGCCCCCCAGCACCGAACAGCACGGUGUAGGGUCAAAUGAGAGCCGACGCGUGCGGCAUCGAGUACAGGCAAGAGCUUUAGAAGAGGCUUUGGCAGCAAAGAGCUUGGCAGAGUAGUGUACAGUGUAAGAGAGAUGUGGGAGGCGAUUGUUGGGGUAAAGGACGGGAAUAGCUGGUCUGAUCGACAGCUAGGGAAUCGAGAGAGUGUGUGCCAUUCUUGCGAGGGGGCACCCUUGGUAGGGCCUUUUCAAAACAAAAAGGUGAUGGAGAAUGUGCGGUGUGUUUUGGGGGAAAGGCUCUGUCUUGACGGUUGUGGUGACGCGUCAGUGGGAGAAAGAUAUUGCGGAUGGCUUUCUGUUCCCUGGUGCUGAGCUGUAUUUGUAUAGUGGGGGCGGUGCCGCAAAGGCAGCGUUGCGCUUUUUCAUCUUCCAUUGAAGUUAUCUGUUCGUUUUGGGGGGGUUUCUUCAUCUUAUUUUGAUUUUUUUUUUUUUUUCAGUUAGGAAGUUCUUCAAAACACACACAGGCCUUGCUAGUCAUGCGCUCGCUGCCUUUGAAGUUGCAACUUCUGCUCCGCUUUCCAAGCCAUCGCUUCUGGCCGCUCCGGUGUCAUGGGGGGGGACAACAUUUGACUGAGCGCAUCUGCACAUAUCAGGGCUGAUAACUGAUGAGACUGGCGUUUUUGCAGAUUCCUGGCUUUAACCUUCGUCCUUGAAAAAGCAGGUUUCUUGCGCUGCCUGGGGUGGGGACACUAGGAAAUGUGAUGAAAUAGCAGUGCUCCCUAGAUAAGCAAGUUCUGUUGUCCCUCCCCACAUUGUGUUGUCGGCCACAAGCGACGCGGCUUUUCCGUGACUUGGCUGUGGAUUUGGUUGGAAGCAAACCCCCUUGCACACUUACAUCAUUACUCCCUCCUCCCAACCCAGGGCCAACUACACAUUGAUGGUGGCAAUGGUUAAGAGAUUUGUUGUUGCCUCCCGGCCACUGUUUUGUGCCAGCACAAGUGUGUUUAGAGAAAGUCUCGAGGGAGUCCAAUGAUAUUUGCGACACUUCCAUGAUUUGUUCAGCCGCUCAUGAGCAAGCUGUUGCAAAUUUUCAUGAAGUGAGAGAAAUGUAGAGAGGGUCGUUGGGCUUUGUCCCAUCUCUAAGUUGUCGGGGGACAGAUUUUUUUUUAUUUCUUUUUAUUAUUUGUUGCUUGGCUUGGCGAAGGCUGUUGGUUGAUGGGUGUGUACAUAGACUCGCGUACAGAGAAUUGUUGUUGCAUGCCAUUUGAUCUAUUUUUAAAAGAGAAGAUGAAUUAAAGAAGAGGACAGAGUCGUGUAUGAAUCGUGCAGUGCUUGUUGCAUAGUACAGAAAGGAUUGUAUUGUAUUGCUUAACCUCGCUCUUUGUUUCCUGUCUGUGUGCUGUUCAUUACCUUCACCCCCUUUUCCCCUCUCUUGUCACUUCCAUCGUCACAUCGUAACAUAACACUCGACAACUUUUUUUCUUUCCCUUUCCCCUUCAAACGUUGGCCGUUGCAGUUCACAUGGUGAUAGGACGUUGUAGGAACAUUUAAGCAAAUUGUUUGUACAUAUAAAUAUUAAAUAGACGUGGCUGCUCGCCUCCCUUAAUGAGCCUGACCUCGGGCUCGAGCCAGGAGCGUUUACAACGGAGGCUACACUGUCGAAGAGCAGCUCGUUUGUUGCCUCGUGUUUCUUCUUGAUUUUUUUUUUUUUUUUCCUUAUGACUGCACAGUCGUCAUCAUGGUGACGAUUAUAGCGAACACCUUCCCUUCGCUACAAUCGUAGCGUAACUUUUUUUUUCUUCUUCCUUUUUCUUCUUCUUUUUCCCUACUCUGUGUUUUGCCAAUAGCAUUCGUUGGGUUUCUUUACUUCUUCGCUUGGCUGUUGCUGAGUAAUGGAAAGCUGAUGGAAGCAUAUAGGCUGGCUUUAGGAACUUGCCUCUUCUGCUUGAUGUUAUUUUUUUUUUCUUUGUAGAUAGUUUGUUUAUUAACAGAUCUUAAUGCCUAUAUAAGGGUGGGGAGCUACUGGUCAUGAUAGCACCAAAGAAUCGUUCCUCGGGAAAAAAAAAAUGUUGUUAGAAAAAGACAUGGUUAAUUAAAGCAUCCGUGUUUUUAGUUUCCCCCGUGAAAUGGUUAUCAUUCCACCCUUAUCAGUGCAAGAUCGCCAGCCAUGAUGGUCCUUCGAGGCUGUCGCGGUCAGUGUAGUAGACAAUUGCGGUAACCUGUCGUUAUCACUUUGCAGCCUCCAACAGGCUUUGUUGAUUAAGAGGUUUCCCACGAAUUUCUUUUCUUCUUUCUGUGUUUAUCAUCUUAGUAAUUCAAUUGAAGCGACUGUUUUUCGAAGUCUAACAAGACUUCUGCUUUGCUGUUGCUGAAAUGUUCUACCACGCAACACAUAACAUCGUCACAACAUGACUGUUCUUUUUUCCAUGUGGUCAGUGCUCCACGUAUUCUUAGCGCUUUCUUUAUUUUUUUUUUUCCUCGCAAUAAAAUUCGCACUUGGACGUUUCUUGUAGAGGUCAUCGGGUGACCAGAGGAAUGUUUUUUGCGCGAGAGCCGAGUUAGGCACUUCUCGUCCCACUUUAUUUUUUUGGUGUUUCCGUGUUUUCUUUUUCCGAUGAACCCUGUCCCAUGUUCCCCCUAUCCUUGCAUCUCUUUGAAAGAAGAAAAAAAAAAAAGACAUGUCACCAGAACAAAACACCUGAAAAACAAAACAAGGCAACACCUUUUAAAUAAAUUUAUUCUUUGUUGACA